AUUCUUCCUGAAAAUGUGGGAGUAGUACAUGGGUGUCUACUGUCCAGACCAGGCUGUGCUGAGUCUCCUGAGAGGCGCGCUGCGUGCCGGCGGUGUGUGCAUGGGUGUCCACGUGUGUGCGUGUGCGCACAUUGGUAUUCCUCGGUGCCCACCCUGCGUGUGUCCAGAAACCACCUCGCCAUUUCCAGUGGACGUUGAGAAACGCGCUCGCCUAGCCACGCCGAGGGCUCCCCGCCUCCCGGAGAAGCAGCUGCUGAGCCAGGAAUUCACAAACAGGCCGGACCGCCUGGGCCAGCGGCUUUCGCAACACUUCCUGGGGCCCUGCUGACGGCAGGAGAGCUCACCCGCACGCGCCGGCCGGCUGGCACUCCGACGGCUCCGGGUUCAGCAGCCACGUGCCGCCACGGGGGCCGGAGGUGAGGGCCACGGCGCGAGGUGACCCCGCAGAGGAGGGACGGCUGGGCUGGGGGUGCCCUGAGCCCCAACACCUGGCCCUGGGCUCCCAUCAGCCCGUGACGCUUCCUAGGGUGAGCUGUCUGUCUCCAGGGACGUGUGUCCUUUGUUCCUCAAGACUGAAGUUCACGCUGCACACUGACCGUCUGUGGGCGUGGAGGGUGCGCCGUGUCCCUGCUGGUGCGAGCGCGCUCGUCUAUGGUGUGUGACGACUGUCUUCUGGAGCAGGACGCCAGCCCCUGGCUGCAGGACCACGUCUGGAAACGAAGGGGAGGGGACCGCAGCCCGCGAGCCCGCUGAUGGUUGACGCCCGUCGGGGGACGAUGGACCGGAGCCUGCGGAACGUGCUGGUGGUGGCCCUGGGCUUCCUGCUUCUCUUCACGGCCUACGGCGGCCUCCAGAGCCUGCAGCCUGUACAGCGACGAGGGCCUGGGCGUGACGGUGCUGAGCACGCUGUACGGUGCCGUGCUGCUGUCCUCCAUGCUGCUGCCGCCACUGCUCAUCCGGGCGCUGGGCUGCAAGUGGACCAUCGUCCUCUCCAUGGGCUGCUACGUGGCCUUCUCCCUGGGCAACUUCUACGCCAGCUGGUACACACUGAUCCCCACCUCCAUCCUGCUGGGCCUGGGCGCGGCCCCGCUAUGGUCGGCUCAGUGCACCUACCUCACCAUCGCGGGGAACUCGCACGCAGCGCAGGCGGGAAAGGAGGGCCUGGACGUGGUGAACCACUAUUUCGGCAUCUUCUUCCUCAUUUUCCAGUCGUCGGGCGUGUGGGGCAACCUCAUCUCGUCCCUCGUGUUCGGCCAGAUGCCCACUCAAGGGGCCAUCCCCGAGGAGCAGCUCCUGUCCUGCGGGGCCAACGACUGCCUGAUGGCCACGGCGCCCGGCAACAGCACCCAGCGCCCGUCCCAGGAGCUGAUCUACACGCUGCUGGGCAUCUACACAGGGAGCGGCGUCCUGGCCAUCCUGCUGGUCGCGCUCUUUCUCGACCCCAUCAGAGAGGCUCCGGACAAAACUGAAGGCGAGACGCCAUCUGUUCUGUCCACUUUGCUGUCGACAUUCAAGCUUUUCAGAGACAAACGCCUGCGUCUCCUCAUGCUGCUGCCCAUGUACAGCGGGUUCGAACAGGCCUUCCUGGCAGGCGACUACACGAGGUCCUACACCACCUGUGCCCUCGGCAUCCACUUCGUGGGCUACGUGAUGAUCUGCUUCUCGGCCACCAACGCGCUGUGCUCCGAGCUCUACGGGAAGCUGGCGCAGUACACGGGCCGGGCCCCGCUCUACGCCCUGGGUGCGGCCACCCACCUGUCCUGCAUCAUCGCCCUCCUGCUGUGGAGGCCGCACCCCGACCAGCUGCCCGUGUUCUUCGUGUUCUCCGGCCUCUGGGGCGCGGCCGACGCCGUCUGGCAGACGCAGAACAACGUCCUCUUCGGCGUCCUGUUCGCCGAGCACAAGGAGGCCGCCUUCGCCCACUACCGCCUGUGGGAGGCCCUGGGCUUCGUGGUCGCCUUCGGCUACAGCACGUUCCUGUGCGUCCGCGUCAAGCUCUACAUCCUGCUGGCCGUGCUGAGCGCCGCCAUGAUGUCCUACGUGGCCGUCGAGGUCAUGGAGUCCAGGACCCUGCCCGGGCCCCCGGCCGCGGUGACGCCAGCCGAGGCGGGAGAGACGCAGACGAAAAUGUGACAGCGCCGCGCUCCACGCGGGCGGCGACCGAGGCCGCGCGGAAGGGGCCUCGAGGCUGUUGUCCACCCUUCACAACCGUUUUAGCAGGAGGUGCCACUUGAGAGACAUAAGAGAGUUUUAUUUUUGUACGUAAAGUUUUUCUAUUCCACCAAGUGUUCAGUCCACCAUCUCUCACCGAUAAGGGUGAAGAGAGCACACGGGAAAAAUCAGUGCCUUUCAGAUGCAAGAGGAGAAGGUUUAGGGCACGAUCGCCGACGGAACUCGCUCCGAAUCCUGGACUCAGCGGCGUGGACUUGCUGGUGUGGUCACUGCUGGCGUGGUCACUGCUGGCGUGGACUUACUGGCGUGGUCACUGCUGGCAUGGUCACUGCUGGCGUGGUCACUGUUGGCGUGUCUUUAAGGACCAGAAGUCGCUUGAAACAAUGCAGCCGCCCCAUGAUGCCACCCCGACGCCCAGGCGGCCACUGCUGCCUCCCGGGGAGUGUGACCCAGACAGACCACAGUCUGUGCUGCCUGAAACGGACAGUGUAUGAGAUUCUAAGUAAAUACAACCGUAUUGUGAACGUC